CACAGCUGUGAGCAACGAGCAUGCCCCCACUCCUCUCUCCCUCCAUCCUCCAGCACAAGGCGUGCGUAAAAGACAAGUUUUCAGAAACCGGUUGGCUGGGCGGCGCGCGCACACACACACCGGUGGAUGAACUUCAGCUUGAUAAUGGAUUAACGCAUCAGACAGAUAAAUAGCAAAAGGCGCACUAUCAGAUCCAGAUGUCAAUGUAUUGGAAGGAAACAUCCACCCACCCUCGACGGAAUGACUCACAGUUUUAAGUAGUUGAAUGAGCGAGUCCGCCGGUGCGGAUGGGGAGAUUCUGCGUGGGGUAUUUUCUACUCGGUUCUGCUACUUAUAGCUCUCCACACUGUGGUUUUUAUGGGGUAGCUGAGCGCUGAGCCUGAGCCUCCACACGGACUGACAGUCGCUGCUGCUGCGCGAGGCGCUGGUGCCACAUAUGGAGAGCGCGCGGCGGGAUACUGGUGCGCAUCUUCACAAAGUGCGACACCUCGACUCUGACGAGGCCUAAAAGUGCAUUAGUACCGGGGCAAAGUUGUCGUCGAGCGAAGGUUGGGGAGGUUGGGACGCAGCCGCUUCUUCUAAAGCAACGCGCCAGCUUCGCAGCACCGGCUUGAUUAAAGCGUCUAAACAAAGUGGUGUUGUUGUUUUUUUAAAUUGCAAACCUUCACAGGAGGUUCCGAGGCAGAGAACAUGCGUCAGGAGGUCGCGAGGAGAUUCCACAUGCUGUUCGUGCUUUGGUCAGUUGCUCUCCUCAGUUUGGGGACGGGUUUUCCCACCAGACACACGAGUGUCGCACACAAGGCUCACGGCCACCCUGUUCAUAGCGCUGGGGUUCAUUAUGUCCCAGAGACUUUCGAGCAGCAGAACCAGGUGCAGAGUCUGCUGCCCGAACCGCACAGCCAACAGAGGAGGUGGUCGCACCCUCAGCACCGCUCCGUUGGUGUUCUCCCACAGCCGGAGCCUGAAGAGGAGACCAAACCAUUCAUCCUGGAUCUGCAGAACUUCCCAGACCUGGCCAAUGCUGACAUGAACUCACAGAACCCCAACAUACAGGUCACCAUUGAGGUGGUGGAUGACCCUCAGAUGGAGGUAGAGAUGGACUUGGCCAAGGAAAAAGACUGGCUGCCUCCCUCCUCCUCCUCCUCCUCCCCUUCUUCCACAGUAGAUUGGCUCGGAGGCAAGAAGCUUUUCUGGCCUCUUUUCUGGAGUUACACCGACGCCGAUUCUGGCGAGGACAGCAGCAGCCGGUCAGGCAUGGAGGAAACUGGCGAGGAAGAGGAGGAAGAUUACUCCCUGGAUUAUGGCAGCGAGGAGCCCUUACCAAGCGGAGUGGGCGGAGACUGGGAUACUCGUUGGAAUGAAGGCUGGGAUCCAGUGCAGAGCUACCACGAGAAGGAGACAGAUGAGUGGACUCACUGGUCUCCCUGCUCGGUGACUUGUGGACACGGUGAGAGGAAGAGGACUAAGUCUUGUGGCUACUCAUGCACUCUGACAGAAGCCUCCAAAUGUGACCUGCAGCCGUGUCCUGGUGAGGUCAACACUGUGGUAGAACCUUUUCCCUUCGAGAUGGAGAAUGGCACCGAGCCAUUUGGGACAGAUGUGGACAGCUGUGAAAAGUGGCUGAGCUGUAAGAGUGAGUUCCUCCAAAUGUACCUCCACCAGAUGAUGUCUGAGUUACCCAGCUGCCCCUGCUCCUUCCCCUCUGAAGUGGCGUACACCGUCGUCAGUGUCUACGAUGAGAGUCACGGCCGGCAGUUUCGCUGGCGCGAUGCGAGCGCCUCUAAAGAACGACUGGACAUCUACAAGCCGUCGGCGCGCAACUGCAUCCGCUCGGCGCUCUCGGGUGACUCGUCCACUCUCGCAGCACAGCACUGUUGUUAUGACGAUCGCGGACGGCUGAUCACGCGGGGGAAAGGCGCAGGCACGCCUAACCUGAUCAGCACUGAGUUCUCACCCGAGCUGCACUUUAAAGUGGAUGUGCUGCCCUGGAUCCUGUGCAAGGGAGACUGGAGUCGCUUCCAUGUGGUGCGUCCGCCUAACAAUGGGCUGAGCUGCCCAAAAAACCCCCAUGAAGACGUGUUCAUGAAUGAACUUGAAGAGGCCAGGGAGUACUGAGGGACCGCAGCCAAAAGUACAACUCCACUCAGAGAGGCAGGCGGCCCAAUCCUAAUUUGAGAGGAGACAGUCUACCCUUAAAGUCAUGAAAUUUUACAUCGAAACUGUGCGUCAGACAUUAAUUAUGCAUUGAUGACUCAGAGGAAAUGCACAUUUGUGAUUUGCAGGGUUUAGUAAUGAUGGUGAAGUGUGGCUGUCUCAAGUUAGGAUUUGGCACUGUGUCCUGACAACAGGCUCUACUGAACUGAAUUAUAUGAAUGGAAAACAAAUGCAGUGUUCUCCCUUUGCUUGCCAACCUGUUACACAUCUGGCAUGACGUCAAGCUCUCUCCUUAUACUCGGCACACUCCCCUGGGUGUGUGAAUGCAUGAUGUCUGCUUCCUGGGUUUUUGAUUGUGUCCUAGAGUGCUUGUGAUUGACCAACAACAUAUGGUAAAUAUCCCGAUCAUGCUUCUUGUAUAGGUUUCACCUUAGGUAACGUACGCCUCACCUGACCUGAUCACGUGGGAUCUCAUGUCCAGUUUGCAUCUGAUUAUCACUGAGAUCCAUUUGAGCUCUGUUUUCUGUGCACCGUGAACACCACAGCUGCAUUUACACCUGUAUUUAAUGUGGUCACAGUACGUCCUGACACAUUUUAAUACCAGAUGUAGAUGAAUGUGUGUUUACGGGCUGUACUGAUUACACAAAGGCCAAAUCCCAACAGAUGAAUCCAAUCAUGCUGAUACAGUAUAAGAUUCUUACAUAGGAACAGUAUGGUACGUCCACUGUUGCAUUCACAGUAAUUUACAUUUCAAACAAUCAUGUGGGACAAACACAUGGGUUAUAAUAAAAUAAUAUAGAAUGUGAACCAGAGAGGUAAGCUGAAAGGAUUUAAAACCUUCUGUUUGUGGGUAUUAUGAGAAUAGCCUGUAGCCAAUAACAAUACAGUGGCAGCACAUUUGGUUUCAAACGUUUUGUCAUAUUUUUAUCGCAGGAAAUGAUAUGAUCUGGGUGCCAAAGAGUUCAAAAAAAUCAAGACAGUUGGUGCCUGUGUAAGUCCUAAAUCUCAUCAGCACUCAAAGAUGUAUCUCUACUAUGUUCUCAGGGGGACAGACUGACCAUGAUAAACACAUUUAUUCAUUUACCUGUACAGCGUUGGCACGUUUGGACCUUGUAGAAAGGAUACUGGGGCACAGAUUAGUUGGGGCUAUUGUGUGUGUAAUCCAGAUUGGAACUGGCGAAGAGAUGAUGCUUUUGCACCAUUUUAUAAAAGCAAUCAGACCCUUAUAAUUUAAUUAUUGUUGAUUCAAUGAGUGUAGUAGAAAGGUGUCAAUGUGGGUUAUAUAGAGAACUUGAUUGGAUAAAAAGGACAUUCCAACUGACAUAAACAUUUCGGCCUUUGAUUCAAUCCUUCAGGCUUUCACUAGUAGGCGUAGCACAAAAGACUGUAAAGCCUUUAGCUCUGUAGAAGUAGUUUUGUUGAACUUUGCACCCCAUCCAUUUAACUGUCAGUGGCAUUUAUCUUCAGCCUACUCAGAAAUACAUUAAAACUCCAGGAAUGGCCCUUUCUAUCCCAUCUGAUUUUAUGGAUGUUCACUCCGAACCAGGAACUCUGCUACCAGAUGUGUAUAUGCAGACAUGCAUUUACAUUUUUGGAAUCACUGAUUUUUUUUACGAGGACGGCACUUUAUUUAAAGUAUAUACAGACUGGUGACAAAUUAAAGGAAAGACCUGAGCAGAUGAAUGAACACAGAUGCUUUCAGUGUGAGAGGUGGUGACACACGGUGUGAGUAUGAACAUGACGUGAAUCACAUCCUAUGGCCUUUGCAGUCACGUGUGGCUGUUACACAUCAGCGUCCUCCAGCAUCCAUCAACAUGACACCAAAUGAAGGAAACGUCUCUCAGAAAAAUUGUGUUUCUGACCCUUUGCAAGGAGUUUUUGGAGUUUUAUAUAAAAAAUAAUGAUAUAUAAAAUUUUACUGAAGGGUAACUCGCUGUGGCAUUGGAUGAAAGUGCAUAUAUCGGGCGAUCUGUUGAGAAAAGCAUGACUUUUUUUGUGAGAUUUCUGAAUUUAGUAUUACAUAUAUGGUGUUGUACAGUAUUUAUUUCUCUGCUGUCUUUUUUUUCUAAGUUUGCAGAUGCUUUGAAAUGACUAUACUCAACAUGGUGCACUAAUCGGACUGAAAAAAUGAAGGCAAAAGGGAACAUUCCUCAUAUCACUUCAUACAGCAACAUAAAGUGUGUGCUUCAUUUUACGUUGUACUGCGGUGUUCUAUAAAAAGCAAUGUUGCAACUAAAAAAAAAAAAUAUAUAUAUA